UAUGUUUAUUUCAUUUUAGUAUUUUAUUUGACAUUUAUUUUUUUUCAUAUGAUGCAUAUAUUAUACUUUUGAUUAUUUUUUUCUAUAUUUUUUAAACGGCCAGGGACACGUGAGGACAAGAUGAGGACUCACACGAGCUAGGGAUGUGUGGCAGCUCAGGGAGGGUGAGAGAAUCAUAGUAACGUGCAACAAUUUAGGACAACCCAUUAAGAGAUCAGGAAGCUUAUUAUCUAGUUUCUUAGGAUCAACCCAUUUGUUUGACAGCUCUUAUUUAAAUUUUUUUUAGGUGAAAAUAAAAGGCAGAACAAAUUGCUACAUCCCGAUGCAUAUAAUUUUCAAAGUUCUGACAAAUUAAAAGAGAAAAUUUAGAUCUCCAUCUUAUUAAGGAGUGCAGUUUCUCUUGGAUACGUGACGGUCAUAUUUCUCUCAUGUACGGAGAAAUUAUAUCUUACACCAUGAGCAUCACAUUAGUGGUGCAGUGUAGGGAUAAAUGGAGAUAAUGUGUAUGAGAUGGCUAUCAGAGAUAAGUACAUGAUGAAUAGAGUUUACAGAAAUUGAGAUACAUGAUUGGUGUAGUGCAUCACCAUAUAGUACAAAAUAUAUUUUUUUAAUGUCGGACACCUCAUUCUGAUGAACAAAUGAUCAAAGCGUCACGUGCAACAUAUGGUCUUAGCUUGGAGAAAUUACACUCCAUUGCUGCACGCCAAGCCCAUCAUCUUAUCUCUCUCUUGUGGGUUCCAUUCAUUAUACAUUUGUCUCAAUGAUUAGCCACGAAAAGGAGAUGAGAUGAUUUGCACAUAAAGUCACCUACCUCCCUCGAACUGCUCUCAGUUAAGCAGGUCGAACUUGUUGGAGAUUCCUGGCUAUCUUUGAACAACAAUAAAAUGGCAACGUACUCCUUCCAAAUUACUAAAGCAAAGAUCAAGCAGAUACAAGCAAAGGAAUCGAGUCAAGUUUCAUCCUUUGAAAUCAUUUCAGCUCUAAUUUGGCAAUGCUUGGCGAAGAUUAGAAAAGAUAAAGAACCCACGUUGGUGACAAUUUGCAAGAAUGACCCUUUAGUAAAAAGAAGUGGGCUUCUUAGCAAUGAGCUAAAGAUAGGUACAGUUGUGUCGGACUUCUUUCCUUUCAAGGUUGCCGUCUCAGAGCUAGCAUCCAUGAUUGCUAAACAGCAAGUAAUUGGAACAAAGAUGAUCGAAGAUUUGGUGGAAGGAGAAAGUGAGACACCAAAUUUUAUUAUUUAUGGUGCAAAUCUAACUUUUAUUGACAUAGAAGGGGUUCCUUUGUAUGAGUUGGAGCUGAAGGAUCAAAAGCCCAUUCAUGUAGACUUCAGUAUUGAUGGUGUAGGUGAUGAAGGAGCAGUGCUGGUGCUUCAGUGUCCACAAAAAACUUAUGGCAGUGGUGGAAGUGGAGGAAAAAUGGUAAUGCUCAGUCUACCAUAAGAUCAGAUCUCUCCACUUCGGGAGGCACUGGAGAGUGCAUGGGGUAUUGCUUAAGAAGACAUGAGAAUUUUCUUUGUCCAAAAUAAAUGUAAAAUUCUCAAAAUGAAGGCACCAUAGGGAGGUGAAAGACAAGAUAGGCUGCCAGUCGUUGAUUAAUUAUUUAAGCAUGCUGGAUGAAUCAGUAGGGUUUAAUUUUGCUUGCAUAACAGGUUUUCAAGUUGUAAAGCUUCAAUAAAGAAAUCCUGGCCAUUGUCAAUGUAAUGCAUGUUUUAUGUUAAAUAUAAAUUAGAAGUGGUUUAUGUAAA